UUGUUGAUAGUUGUAAAAAGUGUUUCAUCUUGAGGAAAGGAAACCCGAAUAUUCCGUGACUCCCACAGCGAUAGUUCAAACAUUCAACGCGAAAAUUGAUGACAAACAUCCCAAAAAUGCUGAUUGUUCAAUCAUUUUCUAGGGUUCACUGCGGUCAUUGGGAAUCACUCUUAUCGCUUCUGUUGAGUCUGCAACUUCAGAGCGAAGACGGCUUUUAACGCGCCAACGUGAAAAUGUUGGCCGAGUUGGGCCAUAACAUCUUGCUGAGCUUAACAGCUCUACAUGCCACAAUUCUGGUCAUAUUGUUGAGAAUCGGCUCCUCCAUUCCCUAUGUCAAAGAACGCAUCCAGAAAUUCGAAGAGCGCAAUCUUCUGGUACCUUACCAAAAUUUUUGGGAUGAAUACGGCGGAAAGAAAAUGCUCGGAUGCGUCUUAAAGAUAAUGUUAGGAGAUGUGAACAAGACAGCCCGCUUGGGUAAUCUAGCACCAAAUUGCCGGCUUAUUUCAACUGAUGGUAAAGAGUGCAGGCUACUGGAUUUCGCUAAAGGCACGCGCCCACUGGUUCUGAAUUUUGGCAGCUGUAGCUGACCCCCAUUUUUCAUUAACUUUCUGAACAACUUCGCCAAAGUUGUUCAUGAUUAUGACGACGAAGUGGAUUUCCUUACUGUUUACAUCCUCGAGGCUCAUCCAACCGAUGGCUGGCGCUGGAAUAAUAAUGUCGAAAUCCCUCAACACCAGAGUUUAGAAGAUCGUCUUGCUGCGGCGGAAAUGUUGAAAAAAUCAAGUCGAUGCUCUGUUCCAAUCAUGGUCGAUGCGUUUGAGAACGAAGCUUCGAAAGCUUAUGGCGCGUGGCCUGAGAGACUCUUCAUUAUACAAGAUGGAAAAAUAGUAUACGAAGGGGGAACGGGUCCGUACAAUUACAAAAUAACAGAGGUGCAAAGCUGGCUGGAGAAGUACAAAGCGAGACUGUAGAGUGCUGCUAAUUCGGUUAUUAACUGUUAAAAAACGAACAAACAAAAGAAACACUUUUAAACAUUGUCGCACUUUUAAACGUUCGUGUUCUCCCGAGACCGGGUUUUUUAGUUCAGUCACAUGACUUAUGUAAUCUGUGUCCUAUGUUUCUCGUCUGACCCUGUCAACGUUUCACGAAUGACAGCCUCAGGGGUAAGCCUGCUCAAAUUGUGGGUCCCUGUGGCUCGAAGAUGAAAAUGCUGACUUCACGGAUAAGAAAUGGAGGGAAAGGGGACGUGGCAACUCCCAAAGUAUGGUGCUACAUACGUCAUGUGAUCUAAACUAUUUAACCAUACUCUAAAGUAACUGUUACGUAGUUUUACUGAUAAGACGUACAUUGUAAAUCUGUGUAAUUGGCUCCUACUGAGAACGUAUGUUGUAGUUUGCAGUAGCGUUACUAUUACCAAACAACAUCAACCUUCAAAUCACAUCAAAAAAAACGAAAAAUGAUUCCAAUUGAAUUCCGCUGUGUAAGUUAGUUCUUAGUGAAAAGCAAGCAAAAAUGACAACGAAUUUAGACGGAAUCCAUUGAUUGUUUCCUGUAAUCGAAAUUUUUUUUCCCUUUUUGUAGGCUACCCCAACAAUAGUUAUCGGACGAUAAACCUUUCA